GCGGGCUGCAGCAGUGACGUGGGCUGUGUGGUGAGGUGCGCGUGGGUGUUGGAUAAUGUGCUUUCCUGAACACUUCUUUAUGGUCAAGGUGAAACAAAACUACUGAAGCCCUUCCCGGUGCCUGGUGAGAACUACUCAGAAGGCGUAAUGGAAUUAACCGAAGGAGAGCCACAAAACCGCUUCACUUCCCCCUACCAAGCCUCAUCUGUACGCCCAAAGCGGUUCCUGAAGGGGAUGGAUUGACGGAGGCGCUGCAGGAGGAAUGUUCGUGUGCCUUUUGAAGCUGUCCUCAGGAGUGUGGCGCCCCUGGGAGGCGAGUAGCGUCAGGGAUGCUGCAGAAUACCUGCCUGGCGAUUUUCUUGUCCCUGGGAGCUUGGUCAUAAAAUUAGCAAAUUCCGAGUCAUACCUGUCGUUGUUGGGCGCCGCUGGACACCUAAUAAAGAAAGACGCCGCCCCUUUAGCCCCUUUUGCUUCUUAUUUCACCACCAGGAGCAGAUUAUCAGGUGGAAUGCGAACUUCUAUAGUGAUCUGGUCGGGAGUUAGGAAGACUGUUACUGGGAGAGAAACAACCACGAACUCACCGACCAGUUAAGAGAACCCAUCCAGCCAUUGUGAGUUUCAUCGGAGAAACAAAUACAUACAGGUGCGAACGAGGGCGCGAAGUUAAGCUGCAAGGGAACGAGGCAGAGUGCAUUACCAAAAAGACAGGAAGGGUAGUGAGGCCAGUAAUAAGCGGGAACAAGGCGCCAUAUGCUCCAGACGAGGACACGAAUUUGAAGAACGUAACCUAAACAACAUAACUUGCACCAACAUAACCAAACUUCACCUUACUUAGCCUAGCAUAACGUAACCAACCCAGCGUAACUUGCCCUAACCUAACCAGACUUCACCUCACCUAGCCUAGCAUAACGUGACCUAGACCUAACACAACCCAACACCCUCUAACCUAACCUGACUUACUUCACCUAACCUAGCAUAACGUAACUUAACCCAACAUAACUAACCCUAAUCUAACCUGACUUUACUUUACCUAACCAAGCAUAACGUAGCCUAAUCGGUACAUGCGAGGACAUGAUGUGUUACUUCGUUAACAAGGACGGAUGGCUUGGCAGGUGAUUGGGGCGAGCAGUGGAAUCUCAAUUAUAAGACGCUGUAGUGACGGUGGUUGUGUUGUGACGAUGAAAAAUGGGUUUGUGAUGCAUAUUCAUGUCCUCCUCCCGCCGAGCCGCACCGCACGCAGAGGCGAUGAAUAGUGAGUAAUCAAGCUUUGCACGGAAUCCCUACAAUUGAUGUUUUGCGGGAGUAGUUCGCGUUAUUGUGUUUGCUUAGCGGUGUUGAUGAUUGGGAAUGAUGGCAAGUUAUAUUCUUUGCUUUAUGUGAAUUAUAUUUCAAUUGAAUUAUUUUUUUAUAUGCAGUUUUGUUAUAUUCUUGAUUUAACAACUUAGGCGGUAGUAAAUCACAACUUUUAUGAUAUUCAUUUCCCAUAUUCCUUCGACCAGUGAACAUAACCAAGAAAUCCGCCAUCGAUGAUUUUCUCGGAUGUUUUCUGGUAUAAUUGAACCCAAUCAAUGGAAUUCUUGCGAAACGGCCACGUGCAUCGUUUAUCACGGUAUUAAUUUACAAUACGGCACAUCAGGAACAUGGCAGUGAUAGAGGGACGGUGAGGGCAGGAAUCAGUACCCCUGAAAACACGCCACAGCACGCCACAACACCGCAGCGUGGAGGACAAACCCUGUAGAAUACAAGGCAGCGUUGACAGUCCCCC